AUGGACCUGCGCAUUAUGCCAUUGGGUGCUUCCAUUGUUCAUGGCGUUGGAUCCGAACCGGAACUGAACGGGUUCCGAGGGUAUCUGCGACAGGCACUCAGGUUCAAUGGCUUCCAAGUGGACAUGGUGGGCUCCAUGCAGACGGGAACCAUCGAGGACAACGAUAAUGAGGGCACGCCGGGAGCCAUCAUCGACGAGACGGAAAACCAUUUCGACAACUCAAGGAGCCUCAAGCCCAAUGUAAUUGUCAUCAACCUUGGCACAAACGAUGCCAACCGUAACAUCGACGUGGGCAAUGGCAAGACGCGGAUGAGAAACUUGCUCAUGCACAUCUGGGCAUCCGAUGGCAUGGCCGAUGCUUGUAUCAUGUUGUCGACUCUGAUUCCGAGUGGUCUUGCCGCUGGCCAGCAGAACAACCCCAUCCUCAACAAGGGCUACAGGGAGCUGGUCACUGAACUCCAAGGCCAACACUGCAUCUACCUAGCCGACAUGGACCCUGCUGACGGUCCUGCCCAUGGCUGGCUCGCUCCAGACAUCAAUCCGGACGGCAUUCACCCCAACAAGGUAGGCCACAGCAAGAUGGCGUACGUCUUCUGGCAGGCCAUCCUACGAGCAUACAAUGAUGGAAACAUCAAGGAUCCCCUCCCCAUCGACGACAGCCAACCGGAUCCUGGGCAGGGCUGCGACAAGGUGUACAACUCGGGCUCAUACGCCGGGCUGACGCAGCUUGGCUCUGGGGCUGAGGACGGUAUCUACUAUCACUCGCAGACUUCGGAAGGAAUCCUGUUGAAUCACACCUCCCAGUACGACCAGGGGCAGUUCUUCUUUGCUGCCUUGUACGGCCGCAAGUACGACGACUUCCUGGGCUGGUAUAAUGGGUCCGAUCUCCCCUACCAGAACAAGUUUGCCGUGUGGAAGAACUCUGGAGGCGUCUUUACGAGGAUUGCCGAUCUGGACCCUGAUCUGCACUGCCUACCACGCGGAAUCCAGUUUGUCGAUAUGAAUGCCGACGGACUCGAUGAUAUUGUCUGCGUUGAUCCCGAUGGCAACGCGUACCUCUCCAUCAACCAGGGAGACGGCACCGCCACGAAGCCGCCAACCUUCAAGCGCGUCAGCGCCACGGCCAAGAUCAAGGACACUGUGGGAUUUAAACAAGACCGCAUCCGCUUUGCCGACAUUGACGGAGACGGCCGCGGCGACUAUCUCGCCCUUGACGACCACGGAAACAUCCAGGCUUGGCGCAACGGCUGGGUUGACGAUAUCCCCAAGUACUGGGAGUCCCUCGGCACGCGAUUCCUGGCCAAGGGCAAGGACACCAUCGACGGGGUGCGGAUGCUGGACAUUAACGGCGACGGCAGGGCGGACUGGCUCUUUGUCGACAAGACUGGUGGCGUGGAAACGUGGACCAACUCGAGAACCUGCCAGAGCGGCCACAACGGCGAUGGUCUCAAGGUUGACUGGCGUCAGGGGUUUGCCGCGGGCGCGUCGUCUGGCAACACGCAUCCCGGUGUUGCAACGGCCAGCGACGGAGAUAUCCGUCGCCGUAUCCUCUUCGGCCGUGUCUGGGGCGUCCCUCAGGACUUUGGAAACUUUGGCCGAAAGGACUACGUCUAUCUCGAGCACAGCCUUGACGGGACCACACACACGUUCCGGAUGAGGGCCUGGAAGAGCGCAGGCCACGGCGGCUCCAAGGUCAGGGCAGACGGAGUCAAGUACUGCAACAUGCUGAACCACCCCAACGGCGAGGUGGACUACGUCUGGACGUGGUCAAACGGCAAGAUGAUCAUGUACCCCAACGCCGGCAAGGGCACGGUCGAGGAUGGCGAGUCCUACUGGGGCCCCGUGGUGACCAUCUUCGACCCGAUGGCGCUCAUUGGCAAGAAUCUCGACCGGCGGGAUCUUCACCUGAUGGACUGGGACGGCGAUGGCGAUUGCGACAUUGUCUGGACGGAUCCCGACAACGACAACCGGCCGUCGGUCUGGCUCAAUCUCUAUCACACGACAGGGUCCUGGUCAGACGCCAAGACGUGGGAUUACUUCCCAAACGCACAGUCUUCCGCCUCGGCUGUUUCCUGCACAGAGAAGCGCGGUUUCAAUCUCCAUGACCACGCCGUUCAGUUUGCGGAUCUGACUGGCAACGGGCGAGACGAUUACCUGUGCCUCAGGCGGGAUGGCUACAUCUCUGCCUGGCUCCAUAACGACGACAACAGCUGGUCGAGCGUCGGCCAGGUCAAGUUUUCCGAGGGCAAGGACCGAGCCAACCUGCGGUUCGCCGAUGUCAACGGAGACGGCAAGGACGACAUGAUCUGGGUCGACAAGUGGUUUGGCGACGGCUAUGUGUAUUACAACCGAGGCCCUGGAGACCGAGGGGCAAACGCCGGAUCGUACAUCCACUGGGAUCACGUAUCAAAGCCCGUGUACAACAGCGACCGUGCCGGAACCUGCGUCUACUUUGAGGACUUUGACGGCAACGGCGUCGCAGACAUCCACGUCAUCCGGGAUGUGUACAGCAACAAGGCCGCGACGUGGCUCAGCCCGGCCUGCUCCGUCAAGAACAACAAGGGCGACGGAGGAACAUGCUGCGACGACCCCCAUCUGCCGGUGCAGCCCGGAACA